AGUAGUGUACAAAAACAUACUUCACAUAGCAAACAGUUGGAAUCGCAUGAUGCGCGCAAACUAAAGCAACAGACUGAUGCUAGAUUAAGCACUUAAACUACAACAGCAUGGAAGAAACUGGGAAGCAACAGCACGAGAUAUUUCUUGAAUUGAGACAGCGUUUGGAAAGCGGCCUCUUGAUUUUAAGGAAGGAUGUCGCUCACAGCCCCACCGAGGUGAAGGUCUUCGGCAGCGACUCCUCCCUCCUCAUCCAGACCUCCCGUGGACUGUGGCGUGCCGAACUGCCACCACGGGUCAGCGUGGUGCCGGGCUCCUGCCAGCCCACCCCCACGGGCGAUGCAGGAGAGGGACUCCACUUCAGACUGCGCCUGAGAGUCGACCAGCAAACAGAGUCGCGGGGGAGUGUUAUUGAACGGAUACAGGUCCAGCAGAGUUAUGGCUUUUGUUGUCAGGCCUGCGGGAGUCGCAUCCUGGAGCAGAGGGUGUUCCAGCGGGUUCUUCCUCUCCCCGGCGGGAACUGGAACACGUUGGUGGGUGAGUGGUGCUGCCACCCGGAUCCCUUUGCCAACAGGAAGCUCCUCCCGCGAACGGAGGACUGCUUAACAGGGGACACCUACUUCCUGUUGGCGAGGGACAACAGCUGCAACCAGACGCUCACAGUUGAGCCCGACCCCACCUCUGCCCGCUCAGCUGCCAAUCACAGCCAGGACUCUGAAAAGCCCAGGCAUGUCCACCGUACCACUGUAAAAGAGGUUUCCUGUAAAAACUGCUCCUCCAUGCUCGGAGAGGCCCUCACAGGAGAUGCGUUGAAAUUCUACAUAACGGAGGUCAUGGAGAUUGAAAGUGAAGACUGUGAAACAAAAAGGGCAGGGAAUAGAUUAGAGUUUGUGGAGAAGACUCUGUCCGCCAGGCUUGUUGAAUUGUCCUCAGCCCAAAGCAUUUUCCGCUUCUCCAUUCAAGCACCCACUGGCAAAACUGCUAUCUUGCUCUGGCUUUUGAACACUGACACCCUGGUUGCCUCGUUUCCCGAGAAUCCGGUAACCGGCAACGGCACACUCAUCUCUCCUGGUGACAGUCGCUGUCCCGACGAGCAUCAAUCACGCCUCGCAGUCAGUGCAGUCAAAGUCCUCUACCUCCCCUGCAGUUCCACCAUCCACCAGGACAUUGUAAGUGCCUGGGAGAGGGAUAUCAGUGUUCAUAACCUGACCCUCCCUCACACCACCUGCCAGGAAGUGCUUCAGCUACUGAGCGCAUCCACUUCCUGUCUGCCUCCAUCGCUGCGCUGCAUGAACUCCUACCAGGUGGCCUUUAUGAGACGAUAAGGCCAUGAGAAGAGUUCGGACCGGUGAGAGAUAUGGCCGCCCUUUCCAGAGGGGUCUGCCACUCAGCAUUCCAAAGACAUGGUGGUCACGUGAAAUUGAGGAUGGUUCUCAUCACAGACAGUACUUGCUGCUACCA